AUGGCGCUGCCGGAUCCGGUCAGAAGGAGGCUCGGCUCCUUCAGCCGGACUGUGUUCAGCGACAGCAACCGCACCGGCCCGGAGCGCCGAGGCAGCGGCGACAGCUUGGAUAAUGAAAUAGUCUCCAGUUUGCCAUUGCAGAUGUCCCUCUAUUUCAACCUUUACUUUUUCCCAUUUUGGUGGGUGAGCAGUGUUGUCAUGCUCCAGCUGAAGUACCCAGUCUUGCCAGAUUACUACAAGUUCAUCCUGGUCACGGUAAUCGUCCUAGCCUCUCUAAUUGAGGCCAUCCGACUGUAUCUUGGAUACAUGGGCAAUCUGCAGGAGAAGGUACCUGAACUGGCUGGCUUUUGGCUCCUGAGUCUCCUCCUGCAGUUGCCCAUCACCCUCUUCUUGCUCUUUAAUGAAGGUUUGAAGAUCCAGCCACUGGAGCGAGCAGUCCACAUCAUUUUUGCCCUUUUCCUCACCUUCCAGGUCAUUGCAGCUUUUCUUGCCUUGAAAAGAAUGGUGAACCAGCUGGCAGUUCGUUUCAGCCUUAAUGAAUUUGACCAGCUGGACGAUCACCCCACAUCUGAUUAUCUAGCCUGGGAGAAGAAGAGGGUGCAGGCUCCAUGGGGGGUAGGACAAAAUUUUGAGGCGGCUCCUCCAUCAAAUAUUGAUUGGGAGUCUGCACUCAGGGCCUGA